GUCGCGUCUCACAUGCGACGCAGACCCAGAGUCCUCCGCGGGACGCUCCUCCGGGACGGCAAGAGAACUGGUCCAAACUACGUUCCCUUUACCUCUGCGGCGACCCGUAGCGUAGGCGCCGGAGCCGCGGUGGCGCAGGCGCAACGUAAAUGCGCCUGCUUACCGGGGGAGAUGUUGCGGUUAGGCGUGCUCUGUCUGUGGCGGCGGAGACCUCUGGUGUUUGGGGUCCCAGCAAAGAACCUCGGCCUUAGAAAAGUUGCUUCCGGCGUCUCUCCCCCGGGCAGCACCUCGCCCAGAGCCCUAAAUAUCUUCGACCGGGAUUUGAAGAGAAAACAGAAGAACUGGGCCGCCCGGCAGCCCGAACCCAUGAAGUUUGACUAUCUGAAGGAGGAGGUUGGAAGUCGGAUUGCAGACCGCGUAUAUGACAUAGCUAGAAAAUUUUCCCUUGCUUUGGAUGUUGGUUGUGGAAGAGGUUACAUAGCACAGCAUUUGAAUAAGGAAACUGUUGGAAAGUUCUUCCAAGUAGACAUUGCAGAAAAUGCGUUGAAAAAUACCUUAGAAAUGGAAAUCCCUACUGUCAGUGUUUUAGCUGAUGAAGAGUUCCUUCCCUUCAGAGAAAAUACAUUUGACCUGGUAGUUAGCAGCUUAAGUUUACACUGGGUGAAUGACCUUCCUAGAGCACUUGAACAGAUUCAUUAUGUUUUAAAACCAGAUGGAGUGUUUAUUGGUGCAAUGUUUGGAGGCGACACACUCUAUGAACUUCGGUGUUCGUUACAGUUAGCAGAAACAGAAAGGGAAGGAGGAUUUUCUCCACAUGUUUCUCCUUUCACUGCUGUCAAUGACCUAGGACAUCUGCUUGGGAGAGCUGGCUUUAAUACACUGACUGUGGAUACUGAUGAAAUUCAAGUUAACUAUCCUGGGAUGUUUGAAUUGAUGGAAGAUUUACAAGGUAUGGGUGAGAGUAACUGUGCUUGGAAUAGAAAAGCCCUGCUGCACCGAGACACGAUGCUGGCGGCUGCAGCGGUGUAUGGAGAAAUGUACAGAAAUGAGGAUGGUUCAGUACCUGCCACGUAUCAAAUCUAUUACAUGAUAGGAUGGAAAUACCAUGAUUCACAGGCCCAACCAGCUGAAAGAGGUUCAGCAACUGUGUCAUUUGGAGAGCUGGGAAAAAUAAAUAAUCUUAUGUCACAGGAGAAAAAAUCACAAUAAAUAUUUUAUCCAGUGUUAA